GAGACGUGACCGAUCGCCCAAGCAACUAACGAGCCGAUCAGUGGUGAAGAGGAUAAAAGUAAAGAAGUGAAACUUGACUCAAGCUGGUAUACGUGCAAGCCCGUUCAUUCACGUUUGAUUAUAUAAAUAUACGUUAUUGUAUCCAGGCUGAAGCACCUAAUUGAUACAAUGAGACAUUAUCUUGAAAUCGCCGUUAUUCCAGUUAUACCUGUAUCUGGUCCUUUAUUGUGGUUUGCUGAUAAAUUAUUUAAAUGUAAAUUGCCCUCCGAACCUGAGUGUCAGCUGUGGUGUCAUCAGCUGUGUGCUGCUGUGGUGUCAUCAGCUGGUCCCGUCGUCUGCAUGUUGCUCCCACGCAGCUUGAGGAGACUCGGACCAGCACGACGGUCACCACAGGAGAAUCGACUCCGUCAUAUUCACGAGGUACUGUAUUAGACAUGGAAUACCAAGAGUAGGUUAAGGUUGACUUCAAAUACAGUGUUUGAUUGAUUGAGGACCUAUUACCAUUUCAUACCAAAGGCUCAAGCUGACUACCUCCACCAGUCCAGUUAUCAGUCGUCAUUACAAAAAAUCGCCCUUGUUCUGCAACAUGGAGGCUCCAGUACAGUUUAAGGGAGCAAGAGAUAGAUUCUCAGGUGUUACAAUAUCAUCUGAGGAAGAACCAGCAUCUCCACAGGAAUUUGAAGCCGUUCUGCAGGCCUCGAUGAGCCACUGGAUGGAGGAAAACAUCCGUGGUGUUUGGUUUAAGGUUGACCUCGAGCAUGCAGACUGGGUACCUGUUUUGGUUAAGCAUGGGUUCAUAUACCACCAUGCCCAGCCACAGUUUGUGAUGAUGGUGAAGUGGUUGUCAGUCAAUGAGCCAAAUAAUAUUCCCAGGUAUGCUCAUAAUGUAGUGGGGGUCGGUGCUUUUGUGGUCAAUGAUCAGGACGAGUUACUGGUUGUCCGAGAGAGAUUCCACACUCGUCCACAUUGGAAGCUGCCUGGAGGAUAUGUUGAGCCAGGAGAGGAUCUGGGUACAGCAGCCUUACGAGAAGUAAAAGAGGAAACUGGCAUUGAUGCAGAAUUUGUUUCACUGGUGUCAUUCCGUCAUGUCCACGGUGCAAACUAUAAUUGCUCAGAUAUAUAUUUCAUUGUCCAUCUGCGUCCCAUUACUCAAAGAAUUACUAUGUGCCAGAGAGAGUUAACAGCCUGUGAGUGGAUGAAGCUUCAAGAAUAUGUUCAGCAUCCCUACGUUCAUGAAACAAACAGGUUCUUUGCUGAAAGAUUCCUCGAGUGUCGUAGAAAUGGAGUUAAGAUACAGGCAACCAAUAUCUUCAGUCCAGCAUUUAGAAAAAAUCAAGUAAUAUAUAGCAUCAACUCCAAGGUUGAAAAAGAGUCCAUAAAUGAAAAAGCUGAAAACUCAUCAAUAGACACACAGUCUCUCAUGAAUGGAGAUGCAAAGCUGUAACAUACAGUACUGUAAUGGGUUGUUAUGUCUUGAGCACACUGAUUUGUUGUCUUUUUUUUUCGUCUUUGACACCGAGUUAGUCAUUACGUGUGAAGAAGAUUUUGCACAAAAUGUUUUAUCUGUUGAGUAAAUUACUGUAAGUUUGAGAUAUGAAGUGAACUGAUUUGUGUUCAGUUCUUCAACUAAACAAAACAGGUGACAAAUUUCCAAUCCUAUAAUGCCUUUACUUAUCUGAUGAUAAAGGUUAAGUACUAGUACCUGUAUGGUUGUGUGUGUGUGCAUCUGAGCCAUACUGUGUAAAUCAGGUAUGUGUGUGUAUAUGAGCCACUAUGUAAGUCAAGAACAUUUGUGUAUCUGAGCCACUGUAUGUCAGGCUCGGUCAUAUGCUCAGGGAAUCCAGUUCUUAAUUUUUUAUGCACUAAACAAUGCAAGGUAAGAGAGUAAACUGCAGUAAUUGUCUACCUAAGUCAAGAUUUUAAUUGACUAAACUGUUAUAUAUUUUUAGACCCAUUAAAAUACAUUGGUGUUGAAGAUGAAUUGUUGUGUUGCUGUAAGUUUCCUGGAGUGGUUCAACUCAGGUUCUGUAAACUUUAGCCAGGUGAGUUUAUUAAGAUAAUUUUAAGGUAAAUAUGAUUUUAUCUUUUGGUUUUCUCAGAUCAGCUCUUAUAAUGUACUGUACAGAAUAGUCUGCAUUUACGCGAUCAAUUGAACCCGUGGAGGCCCGCGUAAAACGAGAAACGCAUAAAUGAAAUAACAGAACAUAUGGGAUUAAUUGAAAUAGAGACUGGGCCGACCCCCAAACUCCACUUUUUCCGACACAAUACAUACAUUGUAGUAAAAGUAACAUCUUAAUUUUAUGAUGGUA